CUAAUCCACACACAGAGAGACUCAUAUACCGUACGAUCGAUACUUAUUUUUCCACAUAUAAACAUUCUUAACACUCUCAGAAGCUCAUCAGAAAUGGAGUGGACUUGGCAGGAGAGUGUGUCGUCGAACCGGCAGAGAGUGUUGGAGGAGCUGGUUCAUGGCCGGGAGAUGGCGAAUCAGCUUCGGGGGGCUCUCGGUGGUGACGUCAGAUCGGCGGAGGGUAUUGUGACGAAGAUCUUGGGGUCUUUCACAAACACCCUUCUUAUCUUGAACGGAAGUCAAGAGGCUAAGGAGGAGCUCACUUCUCAGGUUCAAGCCAAUAGUAAUACUAGUGCUGUUACUGCCUCUGCUUCUGGCUCUGGUUCUGGUACUGGUUCUGUGAUUGCUGGCGCCGAUUCAUCGUCUUGGGAUGUAGUUCGUGACGAUGCUAUGAAGUCCGAGGAUUCAAAUGAAGAAAGCUGCAAGAGUACGGAUCGCAGAGGUUCCUACAAGAGAAGGAAAACUUCACAUUCAUGGACCAAAGACACACUGGAUUUAGUGGACGAUGGUCAUGCAUGGAGAAAAUACGGACAAAAGAUGAUCCUAGGUUCUGGACAUCCAAGAAACUACUUUAGGUGCACUCAUAAGUUUGAUCAAGGCUGCAAAGCAAUUAAACAUGUGCAGAGGAUUCAAGAUGAGCCCCAACUCUAUCGGACCACAUACUAUGGCAAUCACACAUGCACUGACUAUCUCAGAACUCCUCACGAGCUCAUCUUAGAUUGUUCAAAUCGUCAAGAGUCUUCCCAGAAUAUGAUCAGGUUCGACAACACAAACAACGCCUCGACCUGCAAACAAGAGCAUCCCUUUUUCUCAACCUUCACAUCGAUCGAAAAAGAGAGCGUCAAGGUAGAACAGAUGACCAAAAUAGUUAGCGAUCAUGAUCAUCACAUCACCCACCACAACCAAUCAUUGUCGUUGUGUGAUUAUCUCACGUCGCCGGGUCUAGGGAUGUUUGAGUCAUUCGAGCCGAUCAGUGGGUUAUCAUCGACAAUUGCGUAUGAUGAUGACAUGACUUCUUCCAUAAUGGUGGCGGGAUACUUUGAAGCUUUUGAUCAUGAAAUAGAUUUUCCAUUUAAAUUUUGAUGAAGCAAUUUUCCUUAUGUAAUCUGUGCGUAGGGAAUUUUCAGUUAAUGUUGAAGUAAAAUUAGUUGUUUUCUCAGUGUAAGAUAUUCUGUGGCUGUGGGAUCAUUUCGAUCAAUAUAGUAGCAACUAUUUAUCUUUUCUUACUAAGUAAUUCAUACAAGAUCGACCUUCUAGCUUA